AUGCGUACAUCAGGCCUAUCUCUGGCUGUAGCAUUCGGCCUGCAAGCAGUAACGAUAUCUGCUCAAGACGACCUCAAGACGAACACCAACGGUCUCGCGUACCCUAAGCAGCGAGGCUUGGAUUACGACUACACCAGCUUUCCGCAAGAUCAGCAAGAGCGAGCAGAUGCCGUGAUAGAGCAGUUCAGGUUCGCUUGGGAUGGAUACUACCAAUACGCCUACCCACACGACAGCCUCCAUCCGAAGGACAACACCUACCGCGAUGACCGCAAUGGAUGGGGCUUGACGAUGGUGGACGGGCUGGACACGGCUAUCAUCAUGGAGCAGCAAGAUAUCGUGGACAUUAUACUCAACUUCAUUCCUACUAUUGACUUUACCAAGACCAACGCCGAACUGAACGAAGUCUUUCCUGCUGCGACACCGUUGUACACCAGCGUGUUCGAGACGACCAUUCGAUACCUUGGUGGCCUCUUGGGGGCCUACGAUCUGCUGACGGGGCCUUUCAAACACAUGGUGAAGGAUGACAGCCAAGUCGAUGCACUUCUAUCACAAGCCGUCUCUCUUGCAGACACGCUGAAGUUCGCCUUCGACACGGCAAGUGGCCUUCCUAUCAAUAAUGUCUUUGUCGACAACCAGACUUUCACGAACUAUGAUGUCGGCGAGGAUGGCAUCCAGUAUACAGGCCUUGCAGUUCUCGGCACUCUUGUCUUGGAGUGGCAGCACCUUUCUGAUCUCACUGGCGAUCCAACGUACGGCGCACUUGCUCAAAAGGCAGAAUCGUACUGGUUUGAAGCAGAUGAGGUUUGGCCCGGUCUCACGGGAGGCCUUUUCAGCGUUGCUAAUGGCUCAGUUAUGGACGACUAUGGUGGCUGGACUUCCGGCAACGAUAGUGCCUAUGAGUACCUGAUCAAGAUGUACGCAUACGACCCCGAACGCUACGGCAACUACAGUGAGCGCUGGCAAGCCGCCGCAGACUCUACCAUCAAGCACCUCAUGAGCAGCCCAAAUUCUCGUCCAGAUCUCACCAUGGCAGGCACGUUCGCUGGGAGAACUGUCCAAAACUCCAGCCAACAGCUUGCUUGCUUCAUUGGUGGUAACUUUUUGCUAGGCAGCACCAUCUACGACAGAGACGACUACCUCGAUGCUGGCCUGAAGUUCAGCGAGUUCUGCGCAAAUGGCUAUAGAUACACCCCUUCAGGCAUAGGUCCAGUGCUCUAUAGCUGGAACGAGACAGUCCUGGCGGGCGCCAACUAUAUCAAUCAGACUGACCAAUACGAGCGCGCCGGCUGGUUCAUCGACGAGAACCUAGCCUACGGUGGUGGCCAGACUCCCGAAGCUAUCGAGAGCUGGUACUACGCCUAUCAGACAACGGGUGACCAAUACUGGCGCGACGUCGCCUGGGCGUACACAGUCGCGCAGAACCGGACGUCUCGUGUCGGAUCUGGCUUCGCCAGUGUCAGGAACAUCUACAAGGCCGACGGUGGAGGUACAGGCAACUACAUGGCGAGCUUCAUGCUGGCAGAGACUUUGAAAUAUCAGUUCAUGAUUCAGAGCCCGAAGGAUGGAGAAUGGAACGUGCAGCAUGGAAAGGAAAACAAGAACACCUUCGUGUACAACACCGAGGCGCACCCGUUCAAGGUGGCGACCAAGCGGCCGGUGUAG